CGGCAUAUAGGAAUCGCCCUGGUCGAGCGCCUGUCUAACGACGGCGGCGAAAUCGUGUGCCAAAACUGUGAGAACCAGAAGCGGACGGGGUUCCGGCAUCCGGCGCUACUCCGGCGGCCGCCAAGUAUUCCGUCCCAACUUCCUCCUCCUCUCCGGGAACCAAACCCUACCACAGGUUGUUGCGUCCUUUCUGUUGUAUAUUUUAUAUAUACGAAGUGGACUGCGUUUGCAACCCAGUUCUGUUCCCAUGGAAGAGGCGCCAAUCUGCACCACAGGGAAUGCUGUCAGGAUGAGUUUGGAUGAGAGGUUUGCAAUAAUGAGGAGCAUAGGCUUGGAGAGCAGUGACGAGGAUGAUGUUAGGAGGCUACUGGACAAGAAGGUUGCUCCAGUUUGCUAUGUUUGGUGUGAUCUCUCCCCUUCGGUACAUAUUGCCCAGGGGAUCAUGAUGGUGAUUAAUGUUAGGAAGAUGGUUAAAGCUGGUUGCAUAGUUAAAAUCUUGAUAGCAGAUUGGUUUGCUUGUAUACAGAACAAAUUUGAUGGUGAUCUAACCAAUAUUCGGUCCAUUGGAUUUUACAUGAUUGAGAUAUGGAAAGCAGUUGGCUUGGAACUUCAUGGGGUAGAGUUCAUAUGGUUAUCGGAUGAAAUAAAUGGCCAUUCAGAUGAAUACUGGGCACUUCUCAUGGAUAUUUCCAGAAAUAAUACUUUGAGGACGAUGAUAAGGUGUUGUGGAAUUGAGGAUCCAUACAUUCUUAACGAAGAUCUUAUUGAUUCAUUGGAUUCAUAUGACCCCAUAGAUGUGACGGCUUCAACGCUCUUUACCCCUUGCGCGCACUGUGCUUGUAUAUUAUUCCAGAAGGCAGACAUAUGGCUAUUGUCCAUGGAUCAUGAAGAGGAUCUUCACGACAAGCUAAUUAGGCAAUACUGCAAAGGCAUGGAGCUUGAAAAUAGACCUAUUAUUCUGCCCCAUAAUAAGCUCCCCAAUUUAAUAGAACACCCUGAAUUUGCUAAGAAUAGAGAUCCAGCUUGGGCUAUCUUCAUGGAAGAUCAGGAGGUUAAUUUAAGUGACAAACUAAGCAAAGCUUUCUGUCCUUCUAAAGUUGCAGAAGGCAACCCAUGUAUGGAGUACAUCAAAUAUAUUGUGUUUCCAUGGUUUGGAUACUUCGAGGUACUCAGGGCAAAAGAAAAUGGCGGUAGCAGAACGUUUCAGAACAUGGAAGAGCUUAUCACUGAUUAUGUAAGUGGUGCUCUGCAUGCUGCUGAGGUGAAGCUGGCCCUUACAGAAGCACUAAGUAAGAUUCUGAAGCCUGUACGUGACCAUUUCGCAAAGAACCGUGAAGCCCAAAAUCUGGAGGAGGUCAUGCGGGUUAUCCGUCACAACUAGGGGGCAGGGACAAAGGUUCCAUUUGUCAACAACUAGAACUGGGAGAAGGAACAAGGACAUGAAGUAGGUGGGCAGACUAUCGGAGUACCACAGCUUGAGCACAAUUAUUUUACGCCCUGAUUUAUGACAUUGGUGUAGAUACUCAAAAGUCCAAGCCAAACAAUCUUGGAUAGUUCGUCCUUUUAUAAAACCGUACUGAUUUGCAUGAAUACAUAGUGUAAUUUGUUGUUGAAGUCUAUUAGCAGCCAGCUUGGUAAGAAAUUUCAAGACAUGUAUUGGUAAGAGAAAUCAGUCUGAAAUCAUUGACAGUCUCAGGUGUAGUAUUCUUGGGAACCAAGGUGAUAAAGUAACCGUUAAUGCUCUCCAAGAGGGCUUGGCCUGUAUGGAACUCA